GGAAGAGUCACGGUUAGCAGUGGAGUGUGAGAACUGAUGCCUCUUCUUCUUCUCCUAUGGCUUCACAUUAAGGGCCGACUGUUUGGACAAGUGUUACUCCAGAAGCCAGAGCAGCAGGAAUAACAUCUUGCCAGAACCGAAGUUUACACCAUGGUUGUCCCAGAGACACAAGAUGAGGAACUGUCCCCCAGCGGCUCUGCCGGCAGAGGCGGCAGCCAGCAGCACAGAUCCAACCAGUCCUCAUCUCAACACUCUGGAAGCCCACAACAUUUUUCCUCUAAUGGGAAUAUUUCACCAGCCAACACCAGUAUCCAUUAUGAGCCACAGGAGUACACUGAGGCUGACUAUCUGCUCCCCAGUAAACUCUACGGCAGCUCAAGGCUCAGCCGAUCCAGGAGAGCAAAAGAUGCAGAUGGAUCUGGUGCACCUGCUGAGUCAAUCCGCUCCAUGGUGCUUCAGAUCCUGGUGCCUUUUCUGCUGGCCGGCCUCGGGACAGUCUCUGCUGGGAUGCUGCUUGAUGUGGUUCAGAACUGGGACGUGUUCCAGGAAAUCACAGAGAUCUUCAUCCUGGUCCCUGCAGUAUUAGGCAUGAAGGGGAACCUGGAAAUGACUCUGGCCUCUAGACUCUCGACUGCUGUGAAUGCAGGGAAAAUGGAACCCGUCAGAGAAAAGUGGAUGUUGAUCGUUGGGAACCUGGCGCUUAAGCAGCUUCAAGCCACGGUGCUCGGCCUGUUAGCCUCUUUGAUGGCCACUGUUUUGGGCUGGAUGGCAGAAGGAAAGAUGCCCUUUCAUCACUUAGUGCUCCUGUGUUCAACCAGUGUUUCUACAGCCUUCGUGGCGUCACUGCUGCAAGGUAUUAUUAUGGUGGGAGUGAUCAUUGGCUCCAAGCGGCUAGGAAUCAACCCAGACAACGUGGCCACGCCCUUGGCAGCCAGCUUUGGUGAUCUCAUCACUCUGGCCUUGCUGGCCUCCUUCAGUCAGUGGUUCUACUCCUUCAUAGAUUUCUAUCUUUAUGCGUUGUACUUGGUGGAUCUGUUGUUUUUGUGCCUGAUUCCUCUUUGGGUGGUGAUCGCCUCCAAACAUCCAGCCAGUCAUAUGCUGCUCCGCACAGGUUGGGAACCAAUCAUUACAGCAAUGGUCAUCAGCAGUAUUGGAGGACUUAUUCUGGACAAGACUGUGUCAGAUCCAAACCUGGCUGCAAUCAUAGUUUAUGCUCCAGUCAUAAAUGGUAUUGGAGGAAACCUUGUCUCCAUACAGUCUAGUCGUAUUUCUACCAAUUUGCAUCUGAAUUUCUCACCUGGAGACGUUCCUGAAGACCGUAAGAGCUGUUACAACCCUUGUCGCACUUUCUUUGGCUCAGGAGCAAAUCAUCGAUGUGCUCAGGUUCUGCUUCUUUUGGUCAUCCCUGGUCAGCUCGUCUUCUUACACACUAUUCACCUGAUGAAAGGAGGCCACACUCUGCCCAGUCCUCUCUUCACUGUCGCAUUCUUGUCUGUUUCCCUGGUUCAGGUUUUCUCCCUUCUGUGUAUCGCCGACUGCAUGGUCCACUGUCUGUGGCGGAGGGGUAAAGACCCUGACAGUUACUCAAUACCCUACCUGACAGCUCUUGGAGACCUGCUGGGGACUGCUCUCCUAUCUCUCGCCUUUCUCAUGCUGUGGUGCAUUGGUGACUCAGGCAGUGUAUAG